AUGAAGGCCACCACUCUCAUCUCGUUGCUGCUGCUUGCAGUUUCGAUCUGUCUGGUCUCGGCCGCCUCCGAGCUCAGUCAAGGAGUUAAGGCGCGUCAGGUUAUUGACACAACGCUCACCGUCCCAGGAUGUGCUGGCGGCCCUGAUUGUACUGCAGCCGCAACUUACUGGUCCGAUUGUCAACUUGCUUAUACCGUUGACAUGCCACUUGACCCUUCGUCCUUCGCCCGAUCCUGCCUCUGCCCUCCUAGUCGCGCUAUGCCAUCGCACCCUGACUGGUUCUCGAGACUCAAGUCCUGCAUCAUCUGUAUUGAGAUGGUCGUUGGCAACCAAGGUCCAGGCCAGCCCUUCUACAUGCAAGUGGAUGCUCUCACCGGAUCAUCAAGCAGCUCGGUCGGCUUUUGUAAGAACACUUUGAAUACGGUGGACUUCACCCGAAAGAUCAAGGAGGUUGCCAACGCCAAGCAUUUCCCUCUCACUCUCCCAGAAGCCGUCCUGCCAGAUAAGAAGCGUCGGGAUGUGACCCAGGCUACUAUCGCCAAUGAGACUCUCAUCCGUACCGCCUCCGCCUCUCGUUCUCAUCGAAGCUCCAACCACACACGUCCCCAUCCAAUCUUCAACUUUACACAUCCCUCGACCCUAGUCACCGUCUCGCAGCCUCCAUGCCUUCCUCAUGUAGGCACACUGUCACAACUGGAUAGCCGACCAACAUCCAUGGAGUCCUUGGUAGAGAUCACAUGGUCGACCGUUCCAAGCUUCUCUGCGAUUCCUAUGCCUACUUCUACUUCGGUGUCCUUGGUUGAGAUUACGUGGUCUACUGUCCCAAGCUUCUCUGCAUCUCCGUUCCCUACACCUACGUCGGAAUCCUUGGUUGAGAUUACAUGGUCUACUGUCCCAAGCUUCUCUGCGUCUCCGUUCCCUACACCUACCUCGGAAUCCUUGGUUGAGAUUACAUGGUCUACUGUCCCAAGCUUCUCCGCAACUCCUAUGCCAACUUCUACCUCGAAGUCUUUGGAUGUGUUCAAAUCUGAGCCUGGUACGGGAGUACAGCUUCGCCCGCGCCUUUCCAAGCGACACUACCCGUACAUGCUUCUUGGCAGCCCUGAAAACCACCUCGUCAGAUCCUGCGUCUCUUCCAACAUCUGCCACAAGGCCGGCUUCAUCUACACUAGCUCCAUGGCUAACAACCGAACCUGGUUUAUGCUCUGCGAUCUACACUACAAAGAAUGGUUGGAGUCCGCCAAGGUCUGUACUCGAUGCAUCGCCCGCUCCCUGCCCCAGCCCUUCUACCGCCUUCCGCUCCCCGAGAUGGUCGUCUCAUCCCUGGUCCAAUACUGCAGCAACAAGACCGAUGAGGUGGUGCCCGCGGGCAAGCCCAGCCGCGAGGACCGCCUGCACGAGAAUGGGACUCAGAUCUCGCACAUCUACUCUGCGCCCGUCCUCUUCUUCAACAUGACCCUGUUCAGCAGUGGACGUGCUAGGGCAAUCGAUCGAUCGACCUGUAUGGUUUGCAUCGAGAGCAGCGGUACAUGGAUUUCUUUGCAACCACGAGCUUCUCUUCUCCUUCUCUCCUCUGCAUACACGGUCAUCUUGCGAUACGCUGAGGUGCGCUGCGGAUUAUCCCGUCAAGAAAAGAGCCUUUCGUUGAGUCGUUGCGAGUUUGAUUUGGUGAGAGAUCCAUCUCAUGGCGCUCGAUAG